UGAUGUCCAAUAGCCUGAAGAAGAAAAAUCACUGGACCAACAAAGUCCACGAAGUGGUUGUCAUCAGGAGCAAAGAAGGGGAAUUUGGCUUCGAGCUGAGGGGGGGCGCGGAGAUUGGGCAGUUCCCCUACUUCGGCGAGGUGAAACAAGGCAAAGCGGCUGUCCAGAGCGGCAAGCUUGCUCAGAGUGAGUUGCUGCUGGAGGUCAACAACACAGCGGUGGCUGGGCUCACCACCCGGGAUGUUCUGGCCGUCAUCAAACACUGCAAAGACCCGGUCCGCUUCAAGUGUGUCAAACAAGGAGGCGUGGUGGAUAAGGACCUUCGGCACUACCUCAACCUGCACUUCUCCAAGGGCUCCGUGGACCACGACCACCAGCAGAUUAUCAGAGACAACCUCUACCUCCGCACCGUGCCCUGUACCACCCGGCAGCCGAAGGAAGGAGAGGUGCCGGGGGUGGACUAUAACUUUGUGAGCACAGAGCGCUUUAUGGAACUGGAGCAAAGUGGAGCCCUGCUAGAGAGUGGAACCUAUGAAGAGAACUUAUACGGUACUCCCAAGCCCCCAGCCGAGCCCAGUCCGGCGGCCCCUCCACUGAAUGUGAGUGAGGUGCUGCUUCCCGGAGCCCGGCCCAGCAUCCAGGGCAAGAGGAAGAGGAACCAGUCGGUCAGAAACAUGCAGCGACAAGCCAGCCUGGAGCCGCCCGAGGAAGAAGAGGAAAGCAGCCCCCCCGUGGUCAAUGGGAACGGGGUGGCCAUCACACCAGAGACAAGCGAGCAUGAGGACAAGAGCACAGAUGGGUCGGGGGAGGUUUCUGUGGUGGAGGCCCCAACACUGCCCCCUCCCGCCACUGAGCCCCCCACAGAGGGAGAGGAGCCCCCUGAGGGGGACUCCCCCAAAUCACCCCCCAAACUCCCCGAGGGGGAUGAGGAGGAACUGGGACCCCUGCCUGACAACUGGGAGAUGGCCUACACAGAGAAAGGAGAGGUCUACUUCAUAGAUCACAACACCAAAACCACAUCAUGGCUGGAUCCUCGGCUGGCAAAGAAGGCCAAGCCACCUGAGGAGUGCAAAGAGGACGAGCUGCCAUAUGGCUGGGAGAAGAUUGAUGACCCUAUCUAUGGCAGUUACUACGUAGACCACAUCAACAGAAGGACACAGUUUGAGAACCCCGUCCUGGAGGCAAAGAGACGACUGGAGCAGCAGCAGCAGAUGCAGAGCCAGGGACUGUCAGCUCUGCCCUUACCUACUAUUUACAGAGAGAAGCCCCCGUUCACAAGGGACCCCACACAGCUGAAGGGCUCCUUCUUGUCAACGGCUCUCCAGAAGAGCAACAUGGGAUUUGGCUUCACCAUCAUUGGAGGGGACGAGCCAGAUGAGUUCCUGCAGGUCAAGAGUGUCAUACCUGAGGGCCCAGCCGCACAGGAUGGGAAGAUGGACACAGGUGAUGUCAUAGUCUACAUCAAUGACAUCUGUUGCCUGGGCACAACGCACGCCGACGUGGUCAAACUCUUCCAGUCUGUGCCCAUCGGCCAGAGCGUCACCCUGGUCCUCUGCCGGGGAUACCCCCUACCAUUUGACCCCGAGGACUCUAUUGGGGCAUCCACCAGCGCCUCCCUGACCACCAUGGGCCUGGAACACCGACCCCUGGUGGUGAAUGGGCGCAGUAGCUACGACCCUUACCUGGAGUACCUCUCCCUGAGCUCCCAUCUCCCUCCCCAGGCUCUAACACAGCCCGGGGCACCCCACCUUGAUGGGUCCUCGCUACCUCCCACUACCGCCCGGUCUGCACAGGCCAUGACACCGCACGACGAUAACAUCUCCAUGGCAUCGUCGGGGGCGACAGGGAUUGCCGGGGGCGUGAUCCAGGGGGCAGAACUGCUGACCGUAACCAUUGUGAAGGGGGCGGAGGGGUUCGGAUUCACCAUCGCCGACAGCUCCACUGGGCAGUGUGUCAAACAGGUGUUGGAGCCGGGUGUGCAGGGCGGAGUGGGUCUGAGUGAAGGAGACCUAAUCCUGGAGGUGAACCAGCAGGGUGUUGUGGGGGCAGGACAUGGACGUGUGGUGGAGCUGCUAAAAGAGUGUUCUGUCGGAGCCGAGGCCACGCUACUCAUACAGAGAGGAGGAGGGGCAGGUCACCUCUCUCCAUGGAAGACCUCCAAACAGCUACCAGAGCAGUGGGACCCCCAUGGUAGUCCCCAGACCAGCCUGUCAGCCCCAGUGCUUCCCACAGGCAUGCCCUUCCCUACCCAGCCACAGCACAGCACCUCGGUCCCCGACUCUACAGAGGGCUUCGACCUCAACAAGCCCGACCCAUACGACCUCUAUGAGAAGUCCAGGGCCAUUUAUGAGAGUAGGCGUCCAGAGUAUCAGGAUGUGGAGGUGCACCUGUUGAGGGAGAAGACUGGGUUUGGCUUCCGCAUCCUGGGGGGAGACGAGGCCGUGCAGGCUAUUGUGAUCGGGGCGAUCAUAGAGAACACUCCUGCAGAACGCGACGGACGACUUCGACCCGGGGACGAGCUCAUCUCCGUGGAUAAGAUGGUGGUUGCUGGGAAACCACACAGAUACGUGAUCGACCUGAUGCACGCCGCCGCUCGCAAUGGCCAGGUCAGCCUGGCAGUCCGGAGGAGAGUCCACUUCCCCAGUGAGGUGUUAGGGGUGAACGGCCGUAGCCCUGGCUCCGUGUCCACGCAGCACAGCUCCCCACACAGCGACGCCGCCUCAGCUUCCUGUUCCGUCACCCCCGACAACUUCCUGCCGCCCUCCGUCACCUCCCCCCUGGAGGGUGCCGUCCACCUGCAGACCAGUGAUGUCAUCAUCCACCGCAAGGAGAACGAAGGCUUUGGCUUUGUUAUCAUCAGCUCGCUGAACCGACCGGAGAACGCUGCCAUCAUCACUGUGCCCCAUAAGAUCGGUCGUAUCAUCGAGAGCAGCCCGGCAGACCGCUGCGGGAGCCUGAAGGUGGGUGACCGGAUCCUGGCUGUCAAUGGGCAGUCCAUCAUCAGCAUGCCCCACGCUGACAUUGUCAAGCUCAUCAAAGAUGCCGGUCUCACCGUCACCCUUCACAUCAUACCGGAGGAAGGUUCUCUCCCUGUACCUGCUUCUCGUCCCUGGCGUAGAUCCUCACAGAAUGCUGACACAACUAAAAUAUGCAUUUGGGAGUUUCGGUUGGUGAUGUCGGGUCUGGGUGCUAUCGCCGAGGGAACCGGGGGUGCUUCAGCUAGCUCGUCAGGCUUACACGCCUUAGCUGGCUUGAGAGGUCGUCUUGCCUCGGUGGGCUCAGCAGGCGCCCACACCCAUGUCAUGCUUCAGCCGGCCUUCAGGCUCCCACGCCUCAGUCGGUUCGUUAGGCUCCCACGCCUCAUUAGGAUCAUCGGGAUUUCACGCCCCAGCCGGAUCGUCAGGCUCCCACGCCUGAGCCGUCUCACCAGGCUCCUAAGCCUCUACCGGUUUGUCAGGCUUCUACGCCCCCAGACGGCUUGUCCAGCACCCAUGCCUCGGCCUGCCCGUCAGGCUCGCCCAGAUCCCAACUCAGGGCCCAGCUCAGAGAAGCAGAGCCCCAUGACCCAGAAACACAGCCCCCAGGCACAGCCCAGCCCUGUAGCCACCCAGCCCAGCCAAGGAGCCUCCCAGGCAGGCCCAGCACCACCAACAGCCCAGCCAGGCCAAGUACCAGCAGUAGACACCCAGCCGGCCCCGGGAGCAGCCGUCCAGCCCAACCCGCCAGGGGCCCAGCAGAGCCCGGUCGCCCAGCCGCCCAGUCACCCUCCCCCACUCUACCUCCACGAUGGAAGGUCAGAGGUGAAAGCCAGGCAGGAUGUGAAACCAGACAUCUGCCAGCCUCCGUUCACCGACUACCGCCAGCCCCCUGUCGACUACCGGCACCCUCCAGUGGCUGAUUACCGGCAGCCGCCCACGCUGGACUACCGGCACCCUCCUCCCCUCAUCGACUACAGACAGCACUCGACAUCACUCGCUGCACAGUUCCCUCUAGCACAGUUUCCCCCAGACUUCAGACCACAGGACUUUGACUACUUCACGGUAGAGCUGGAGAAGAGUGUGAAGGGUUUUGGCUUCAGUAUCCGUGGGGGGCGGGAGUACAAGAUGGAUCUGUUUGUGCUGCGGCUCGCCGAGGAUGGGCCGGCCAUCCGCAAUGGCAGAAUGAGGGUGGGGGAUCAAAUCAUUGAGAUAAACGGGGACAGUACCCGAGACAUGACUCACGCCCGGGCCAUCGAGCUGAUCAAGGCAGGGGGGAGGCGGGUGAGACUGCUGCUGAAGAGAGGCACAGGACAGGUGCCUGAGUAUGUAGACAGUGCCUCCCCCUGGGAUGCCAUUCCUCCAGCCCUCUCUGCCCUGCAGGAAGUGACCCUUGACCACCAGCAGCCGUCCACCUCAUCUUUCUCAUCCCAUCCAGCCUUCACCCCAAACUCCCCCCACCAGCUCCUUCUAGAGGCCACACCGCGUAUGGCAGCCCAUUCUCCAGACCCCAGCGCCACGAAAGGGGCUACAGGUGGCAGGUGCACCCAGCCCAGGGGCACCGUCCAUGGGCAAAGAACCCUGCAGUGGCCUGGGGAGUUGGAGGGGGGGCCCCGAGAGCCCCAACCUCCGCCGCGGCCCCCCAAAGCUAGAUGGAGGUCUGCGGAGAGGAGAGAGAGCAGCAGCACACACCCACGCAGGAUCCAAAUGCCGCCGCAUGGCCCUGGGACUCUCCCUACCUGA